GGUCGAAUUGAAAACGAGGGAACAUUCAACGACUUGAUGGAUACUGAUAAUUCUUACGCCAAGCUUUUCACCGCCGAACCUGACAAAAAACUCGAAGAAGAAAAACAAGAUGAUGUGGAUGAAUGGACUCCUAGGAAAUCUUUCCGAAAACGAACAGUUUCGGUAGUCAGUUGUUUGAGUGCUAAGAGCCUGAUGGAGAGUGUUCAUGAUGACCUACAAGAAGAAAUAGAAAGUGAUGACGAAGAAGAAGAGAUCAAAGUGAAAGAUAUGCAAGAAGAAUCAUCCAAGGGUAAAGUGUCUGGUUCCUUAUUACUGAAAUAUCUAUCAUCAGGAGCCAAUUGCUGUAACGUUUCUAUUGUAAUUUUCCUUUAUUUCUUCGCGCAAAUCUUUGGAAGUGGAACCGAUUGGUUCAUCAGCACCUGGACGAAUAUCGAAGAGUACCGAACGGCAACACAGCUAAAUGCUUCCGUUGAAAUCACGAACAAUUCACCACAAAGGCCGUUAUUUGCGGAAUUAUCCACUAACACUUGUUUAUAUAUUUAUGGAGCCCUACUUACUUGUUUACUGCUGGCUCAAAUGUUCAGGUCAUUUUCUUUCUAUACUCUGGCAAUGGUGUGUUCCAGGAGAUUGCAUAAAUUUAUAUUCGAGGGGAUCAUAAAUGCUACCAUGAGGUUUUUCGACACUAAUCCCAGCGGAAGAAUUUUGAACAGAGUUUCGAAAGAUAUUGGUGGUAUUGAUGAGAUGCUUCCUAGAACGCUACUUGAUGUUGGUCAGAUGUUUCUCCAGAUGGCAGGUUCUCUGGUUUUAGUGAUAAUAGUGAGUCCAUAUACUUUAGUUCUGGUAUUGGUACUGGGAGUGUUUUUUGGAUAUCUGAGAAAUAUUUACCUGAAAUCUUCCAAAAACAUCAAGCGACUGGAGUCAAUCAUGCGAAGCCCUGCUUUCACCCAGUUGAAUGCCACCUUGCAAGGAUUGACAACUAUCAGAGCUUUCAAGGCUGAAGAACUCCUCAAAAAAGAUUUCGAUCAGUCCCAAGACUACCAUUCUAGUGCAUGGUUCAUGAGUAUCACAACCGGGACUGCAUUCGGUUUUGUUUUGGAUAUGUGCUGCUCACUGUUCGUUGCAAUCGUCACUUUCUCUUUCGUAGGACUUUCAGAUGUACUUGGCCUAUCGGGAGGAAGUGUUGGUCUUGCAAUAACACAAUCUACACAACUUAGUUUCAUGGUUCAGUUUGCCAUGCGCAUGUCCGCUGCUAUAACCACUCAACUGAUGUCCGUUGAGAGAAUCCUAGAAUAUAAAGCGCUCACUCCAGAUUAUCAACCGGAACAUCCAAAAUCCCCCCCAAAAGGAUGGCCUUUCAAAGGAGAAAUUGUUUUCGACGAUACUUCUAUGAGUUACUUUGAAGGAGGCCCCAAAAUUUUGAAAAACUUGAAUUUCACGGUGAAACCAACUGAAAAA